GAAGUUCUCUUUAAAUUUUAAUUCACUUUUCAGAUCUUCCAAAACAUUUUUUAAAUCGGCAUAAUAACUGCAAGUUUCUAAAAAUAGCUGGAAACCAGUUUGGAACGCUAUGAUUUUAGUCAGUCCAGUGUAACCAAUUAUCGUGUUUUGCGGCAUUGUUGUCCUACCCCGAAUUAAAGUUCAGUCCGUCCAUAGUGGAAGUGAUGGUCUUUCUCUGUGUUAGGACUAGUGCUGUCAUUUUUAUACUGUUACAAAGUGUACCUAUCCCAUACUCUUCUGCGGACACCAAAGUAACAAGGCAUAUAAAAAUCUAUGAUGUGCGAUUCAAUGAUCCUAAAGUGCUGGAGACACCUGAGGUUUCAGUCCCCUCAUUCUUCAAGACUCGAUUUCACGUUAACAAUGGCGUACAAGAACUGAGACUGACGAGAAAUUCUGGGAUCCGCCCAGAAUCAGCGGACUGUAUUAUUCAAUCAGGGAAAUGCAAACCCACGAAACAGGUUUUGUCCUUCUAUCAAGAUUUGAACAACGGAGCUGCUUUUCAAAUCACCUGUUCGGACAAAAUCUGCAAAGAGUUUUCUCUGCGCGGGACAUUCAUAUCUAAAAACUCAAUGUACUUUAUGGAGCCUUUGAAAAAAUCACAUAAAUACAAAAUAAAGAAACUGUCUGGAGCAAACCAUCCCAAAACGGACUAUUUCGAAUCAGAUGAUGUAAAGUUUGUUCCCAGACGAGGCAGACAUAAGCGUGCUGCAGGUAUUUUCGAAGUAGAAUUGCUGGUAGUCACCGAUUCCUCCGUGUUCGAAUACUGGAGGAACUUUCUUGGUUCUGGCGCCGGUGAUGCGGAAGUGGAGAAUUUCAUCCGAACAGUCGCGGCAUUUACUGUGAACGGGAUGGAUGUCCGGUAUGGGAGCAUCAACACAGAAUCGUACCAGAUCAGGAUAGUUUAUGUAGGAAUCUACAUGGCAAAGACUUCGUCAGACUCACCGUGGUCAAGUACCCUCCAGGCUAAUGGACGACUGGACGCUGACCAAGUUCUUCAGGCCUUCUCGCAGUGGAUAACCACAAACAGGGAUAAGCUGCCAAAACAUGACCACGCAAUGGCCUUCACUCAGUAUAACAUUAUAAAAGGCAUGGGCUCCCUAGAUAACGAUAUAGCUGGUUAUGCCUACCAAGGACAAAUAUGUCAAGAUAAAAGUCAGUCCGUUGUAGAGGAAAACUUGAACUUCAUAAUGCACACAGUGGCUGCUCAUGAAUUGGGACACAGUCUAGGGGCUAGGCAUGAUGGUUUUGAGAACACUUGUUCCCGACAAAGCCAUUUUAUUAUGGAGGCCACCAGCUCAGCAGUAGGCGGAUCAAAGGCUAGACACCCCUGGCUGUUCUCUAGCUGUUCCAAGCAAGAAAUGGGAAAUCUUCUAAGUAGUAUAGAUGCGACUGCAAGUAAUUGUUUAAAGAGAGUUGACCACACGGGAACAGUUCCCAAUCUCGCAGAUUUUGUCAACCUGAAGAUAGGACAGCAAAUUUCAAUUCAUGAACAGUGUAUACAUGCCAUGGGGAAUUCCCAAUCAUAUGCUUGUCUAGACAACUUUAAUGGUGAUUUUUCUACAGUCUGCACUGGACUAUGGUGUUUUAACCCCAACACUGGUAAUUCUUGUAACUUGGUGGUUCCGUUAGAUUAUACCACCUGUGGCUCUGGUAAAUGGUGUAAUCAAGGAGAAUGCAAAGCAGACAACUCAGCUCCAAAAGAACCUGAAAAUUGUUUAUAUGGCAAUUACUAUGGUGCAAAUUGUACAGGGAUUGCAUCUAAUCCUGCUGUCUGCUACGCUGGAUAUGCAGUACGGUGCUGCCACAGUUGUAAUGCCGUCAGCACUGGGGACCCUGGAUGUGAAUAUGGUGACAGACAACAAGCAUGCACAAGUAUAACCAAUGGAGCACCUUGUUAUUCCAGCAACACGGAGGUUCAGUGUUGUGCAACAUGUGCAGCGUACAAAACAAAAAUCCAGUCUUGUAAGUACGGGGACCAGAGAAACUGCUCUGCUCUGACCUUCCCGGGGGACUGCUAUGGUUCAUUUUCUGACGGAAGUGCAGCGCGGAAUGUAUGCUGCGAGACCUGUCACAACUAUGAAACUGGAAUCCAAGACUGUCUGUAUGGAGAUAGAGUGUUAGACUGCCGGUCUAAUGAGUGUGCCACGUAUGAAAACGCUGGGGUCCUGAAGGACUGUUGCGAGACUUGUAAAUUCUAUGUGGUUUCCACACCAGCACCAGCAAAGAACAGCACUGCACUGCCAACUUGGGUGAUACCAGUAGCAGCAGGUGGUGGCGGUGGUUUGUUGCUUAUCAUCGUAAUUAUUGUUGCAUGUUGCUGUUGCCGUAAAAGUCCAAGUGAAAAGGCUGCUUUAAAAUAUCAACAACAAAUGCCAAAGAGUAAUGUUCCCAGACAGCAAAACAGACUUCAUCAACCAGAUCCCCGCUAUAAAAGUGAAAUACGACAACCACAGAGGACGGAGUAUAUGGGGCCAAUCAGACCUGGUGAAGAUUAUACCCAGCAUGCCUAUGAGAGCCCCCUCCCUUCAGUUCAACAUCAGACGAGUACGGGACCCAGUCGCCAGAUGUCAACGAAGUCCCAUAUUUAUAUGGAGUUAGAGCCUGACCCCAACAUUACUGUUAACUCCGGAUAUGUUGUCUCUAGUAAGGACUUUCUUAGUUUGAGUUUUGAAAUGGCUUCAGGUGAAACCAUGGCAGAAUCCACCAAAGAUUCACCAGAGGUUACACCUGCUGUAAGACACCUAGAAGUGGUAGAUUCUGGGGAUGAUCCCCUAAGCAGGCAAACUGUUCCUACCCCUCCUCAAGAAUUAAGCAGCCCAUCUCCUUCCAUUGUUCCUGAUUUUAAUGCCAUGUAUUUGGGCAGUGCAGUAUUAGAUAGGCGAUAUCCACCCCAAUUUGUCAUGCCUUGGGUCAUGGCAGAGGUCAAACGUCGAAAGUCUGCUUUCCAGGAAGUGACCUUAAAGGUCAAGGAGCAUGUGCUGCAUGCCAAAAAGUUCAACACUGAAGCUGUAAUGUUUGAGCACAAACUGACAUGUAUGACCAGAUUUGCUAAAACACAUCAGGAUCCACGGUGUUUUGCAUAUCUUAGUAGACAGAAUUUGUACUGUGAUUAUGAGUGCCAUGUUUUUCUUGCUCAUGAUGAAGGAAUGGUCCCAGAGUUAUUCAGCUCCAUCCAGGAAGCCACAAGGAGAGACCUAUUUGUUGAUAUGGGCGAGAGCAAAAUGAAUGAGCCCGCUAAAGCUUUCUACGAAGUCCUGUACCUAGGAAAGGCCAAACUCAACACUAAAAAGAUUAACUGUGAUCAAGUAGACAGAAUGUGCAAUCGUUUAGAAAAACAGAAACAGGACCGAAAACAGAAACAAAGAGAAACAGAAAUGGAGAGAAAGCGACACGGGAGUGGGGUCAGUGUUAAAAGUCUGCCCACCAAUCUGGAGACGGCCGUGACCGUCACGGAAAACGAGUUGGAAAAGCAGAUCCUAAGCUCGGGGCCACAAGUAGAAAGUCCGAGUAACAGUACGGACGAGUUCAGCUCGACGGAGAAUGUACUGGAGAAUUCCUCAGGGAGUCUGGCUAAUUCCUUCGGUCUGUACUAUUCGGACAAUUCCAAAGAGGACUUGAGCGAGUGUUCGAAUGCAGGAGGGACUGGGGAGGGCAACACUAAAGACCAGCGCGUACAAUUCUCUGAACCUCUGGACAGUGCUAGUGAUAUUUCUAGUGAGCCUAAUAGGGCUAUGCUUUUCAGACUGGGCGGUAGUGAAAUUUCACUGAUCAGUUUGGACAAAAAACAUACUAUACUUGAAAAAAAGUUCAAGGACAUUGCUUCUGUUUCACAGGGCAAAGAAAAAUCGGAUACUUUCGGAUUCAUUGCCAGAGAGAAAGGAAAUGUGUUUGUGUGUUACCUGAUGAAAUGUCACAGUUUCAGCAUUGUAGACGAGAUAAUGAUGGUUUUGAGAUCGGCUUUCCGGAGCGCUUAUGAGCAGCGGCAGCAGAUCUGUAUCAUGUGUCCCCUGCAUCAACUCCAUCGCCUGUGUCAGGAAAUCAAUGGUUUGGAUCCUCAGGAAGCCCACAAACGUUUGAUGGAAUGUGUUAAUAAUCUGCAAGAAAAAGACUCUGCCCCAAUUCAUACUGUUCUCAAGGCUGAGAAUCCACAGAGUUAUGAAGAAAUAGUUGAGGUGCUGAUGAUAGAACUGAGAAAACUGUGUGAAGCCAAACAACAGGACCAUUCCCAUAUCUCUGAUCCCAACAAACCUCACUUUAAACAAGAGUUUAGCCUGUUUGAGAAUCGCCGCUCAAGUGUGGGGGCUGCUGCGCUGAACUUUAAGAAGAGUUUAACCAGUUCUUUUGAAAAUUUCAUGGCUAAAGUACCGCACAAAAAACCAAAUGAAACAAUAGAGCGCUUUAGACAUCGCAGUGGCACUGCUGAAAGUGGACAAAGAAAGCCAAAUGAAGCAAGAGAAAGAUUUCGGCAUCGGAGUGGAACAACUGAAAGUGAAAGUAGCUUCUCAAAGUCUAUGGAUUCCUCCCUAUGCUCUACCCCUGAGGCCUCCCCCAUGCCCUCCCCAGCAGCUGUUAAGGAGGUCCACUUCAGCUUUCCUAGUCCUCCAUCAUCUCCAAAAUCUCGUCCUCGGAGUUCCACGGAGGGGGCUGUUCCGGAUCCUGAUCGGGUGUCCAAGUUAACGAACAUAACAAAUUUAGACAGGGCUUCUGAUUUCAGGGAACAAUCUGGCCGCAGAGCUAGUAUGAAUAGUCCCAUGAAACAGAUGUUUUUACUGACAGAAGGAGGGGGAUCACCUGGCAGUCUGUCAAAACGCCGACAGAGUGCAUCACCAAGUCUUCAGUCAGGGAACGGGGAAACCCCAGUAUCUGGCAGGCGAGGGUCCUGGAGACAGACAAUAUUCAACAGAGUUGUUACUCCCGCCAGAGCUGCUGACAAACCCCCAACUGUGUUAGAAAAAUCUGAGACUGAGAGUCCAAAAGCUGAAAAAACAAGAAGUCCUGAAGAACUGAGGGCUCUAUGGAAGAAAGCCAUUCAGCAAACAGUGCUACUUCUGAAGAUAGAGAAGGAAAAACAGGACAUUAAAAAAGUGUUUGUGCUGUGGGGAAAAAAAUCUUUGAAAGUUUUCCCAGGUAAGGCAAUCAAUCCUUUAGGCAUGAUGGGGAAUUCUGUUAUGCAUGAAAGCUGUGUUCAACAAGGUGUUCCCAAGACACAUCGAGGUGACAUCUGGUGGCUGCUGACUGAACAACACAAGCUUCAGUUCCCUGAGAUAGAGAACCAGACCCCUCAGAAGUCCUACACUGAACUGCUGAAGGACCUGACAGAGUACAUGCACAACAUACUCAUAGACUUAGGUCGUACAUUCCCUGGUCACCCCUACUUCGCCACACAGCUGGGUCCUGGACAGCUGGCCCUGUAUAAUCUAUUGAAGGCCUACAGCCUCCUGGAUAAGGAAGUGGGAUAUUGUCAAGGACUUAGCUUUAUAGCUGGGAUAUUACUAAUGCAUAUGGAGGAGGAGCAUGCUUUUGAGACUCUGAGACACAUGAUGUUUAACCUUGGUCUCAGGAGACAGUUCCAGCCCAACAUGAUGCCAUUACAGGUGCAGCUGUACCAGUUGACAAGAUUAAUCUUUGACAACUACAAGGACCUCCAUGACCAUUUUGAGGAACACGAGAUUGCUCCUAAUCUGUAUGCUGCUCCCUGGUUCCUUACCUUGUUUGCUUCUCAGUUUCCUUUAGGCUUUGUUGCUAGAGUCUUUGAUCUGCUGCUGGUUCAGGGGGUGGAGAUUCUGCUGAAGGUGGCGCUGGUGUUGCUAGGUAACCACAAGGAGUUGAUUCUGCAGUGUGAUUCCUUUGAAUCAAUCGUGGAAUUCAUCAAAACUACUCUUCCUGAGAUGGGAGUCAUUCAGAUGGAAAGAGUCAUUAAUCAGGUAUUUGAGUUGGAUAUUAGUAAACAGCUUCAGGCCUAUGAGGUGGAGUAUCAUGUCUUACGUGAAGAGAUGCUCUUCUCUCCUCAAAGAGGAGACACGGACUUAAAUCACAAACUGGAAGAUGCUAAUCGCAAUCUGAAACAACAAAACAUGGAAUUGCUGGAGAAAAUCCAGCAUAUCCACAGUCACCAUAGGAGUCUGGAAAUAACCAUUCACAACUUACAAACAAACGAGUCCAAACUUAAAAGUCACAUAAAGACACUGGAGCUGGAGAGGAAAGCUCUGCUGAACGCCGUGACCAAGUUACGGUCCCUGAUUCCAGAUGACGAAUACUUAAAGUUGGACAUUUCACUCCCUCCCCUUUCUCCUAGUCUCUCAUCCUCACCCAUUCAUCAGCCCAACUCUACGAGUAAUUCCAUCCGAGGUGCUAUAAAGAAGGUGGUUGGAAAGAGCCUGAGUUCUCCUCUCUCAGAACUUGGCUCCAAACAGUUCCAGUUUGAGUGAUAAUGUCUGUGAUUGCCUGUAUUUAUUGAAUCAUAGGUUGAAAACCCCUGACUUAUAUAUAUGAUAUUUAAAAAUAGAUAUUUUGUUAAAGAUGUCUUUGGUAUAUGUAUUUACAGUGAAUGCUGUAAGCAUCCUUUGUUAUGAAUUGGAUACAAAUAAGAACAAGUUCAAUGCAACAAUUUUUGAAAUGGAUCAUAAGGUGUAGGUCAUGAAGGUUAUUGCCUUUUAAAUUAUACAUGACUGCUUUUAUUGCUUAAAAUACUCAACUGAAGUUGAAGGUUCCACAAACGAGAGAUUAAUACUCUGUAGGAUUGACUUACAUUGUAUGUCACAAUAAAGCCUGAUCUCUAUAACAAAGCAAUGCAAGUACAUGUACCCUAUUUACAUACAUGUACUGUACAAAUACACUAAUGUUUGAUAUAAGUGUGACCAAGUGUAAUAUACAUCUUUUAUUUCACAAACUGAAUAUUGUAGGAAAUUGUUACACUAUUGUACAAUUUUACAUCGGAUACACAUGGGAUGUAUAGCUGUGCAGCUAUAAGCUAACUCAGAUCCUGUUAUUGAGAAAGUAAUGUAAAUUUUUUGAAUAUUUAAAAUACUUUGAUAUAUAGUUCAUUAUUACCUUGAAAGCAUGAAAUCUUUUUUUGAUAGGACAACUUUCUUUAUUUGAAAGGGAAUUUAAAGCAUGUUUCGGGGAUUUUAAAUAGCGUCUAACCUGAAUUAAUUUCAUACUCACAAUGCCCAUUCUAUUUAGGUGUUACUAAGUAACAGCUAUAUACAAUCCACAAGAACCAGCUCUCUAAUUAUUCUGCCAAAAUUAAACACACCACUUUAGGGAGAAGAUAUUCAUAUGCCUUCAACAACAUCCUUUAAUAUAUUUCUCUAGUUCUCAGAAGAAAUGUUUUUUGAUUGGGUAAAGGGUUUGAUAUUGUUAGUCAGAUUUUUGCACAAUAACUUUUUUUGCAUUUAUGUUGUACUGAACCUCAUACCUUUGCCAUUAUUAUUUUUUUUUUUUUUGAGAUAGAAGGAAUAUGUGUGUAAAAGGUUGUAUUGUAGACAAUGAGAGAAUCUCAAUUAAUUUCUUCCAUCCACAAAGCAGAAUCCUCAGCUAUGUAUAGGCUUAGCCUUGUAGUAUUGCAAAACUUACUUUCUUAACUAAAGCUUUGAUCUUACUUUUAUGCAAGGUGAGAUUGAUUUUAAAAUCAGUAUUUUUUUUUCUUUUCCUUUCACAGCAUUGAUUGAUUUUAUAUAUCAGUAUUCUAAGAAUUUGCUGAGUGAGUGCAAUACAACUGAUCCAGUUUUAUUAUUGCUCGGCCUGGAAUCAAUAGGUAUUCAGACUAUGUCAGUGUGUAUGAUGCUAGGAUAGAAAGCUAGAUUUAGUGAGGUCCUCUCACACAAAAUGUGCUGUUUUAUGUGAUGUAAGUAUUUAAUUGAUCUUUCCCCUUAAACAAGAUUGAAAGGAAUUGGAACAAAUGGACAGAGCUAGUUUAAAUAAGUUCUGAUUGAAUGUCAGGUAUGAACUUUAAACAACUCUAAAAAAUUCACUUUUUCAGAAUAUGCACAACUAGUCAUUUUCACACUAGUGCUUAAAAGAUUUUUUUUUCAUUUUAGCAUCAUGAUCUGUACUUAAUAUAGUUAAUUUUGUAUGCUUGACAAAUUUUGUCUGGUACUAUUUUGCAAUGUACAUUUUUUGUCUGUUAAAAUUUCUUGCUUUUAAACAAAAUGUUUACAUUUUGUGUAUUUAUAGUGCUUUUACAUAUAAUUUGAAGGUAUAUUGGUUUGAACAAGUGAAUAGCUUCAUUCAGCCAAGACUGGGCUACAGCAUUUUAUAUUUUUUUUAUGACCUCUUAGUUGACUUCAGCCUUAGUACAAACAAAAAUCUUUGUCUUUUUGAAUGGAAUGUUUUGAAAUUAUGAAUAUAUAUUCAAUUUAACACUUUUUUCUUUGAGAAAAAAUAGAGUAGAACUUGUUUUUUUUUCAUUGAUUGAUAAAUUAUUUGAAAUAUAAACUUAAGGAAAAUUGAUAUCAAAUACCACCUCAGAUUAUGAGGAUAAAUGAGAAAAGGACUUUUCCUACUUCAUAUAAACAAUGAGAAAAAAAAACAUUGGUUAAAAAAUUCUUACUCCUUUUUGAUUAAACAAAAAUUGCUUGCAUUUCUUUGUGGCAUAUUGCCAGGCAAUCUGCCAAAAAGGAAAAACAAUUUUAUCUUCAAGAUUUAUGUCUGAUGUAUUCUGUGUUUAAUUUUCUGUAUUAUAAAUUUGUAAACACUACCAGCUGCACUGGAAAAUAGGUUUUAGUUUCUGAAAAAAUGGGUCAAGAACUUCUACUGUAUUUGAGAAUAAUGCAUGAAAGGCUGAAAUGUUUAUGAAGAGUGUGUCAGUGUCAAAGAAAUAAAAAAAGGUACCUGA